AUGGGAUACAGAAAGCCUAUAGUAAUUCUUUAUGGUUCGGAAACGGGAAAUUCGGAAGACUACGCUUACUGCCUUUCUCGCAAACUACGAUACGAAAGAUAUGUUUUGACUGUUUGCUCCUUAGACGAGUUUGACCUCAAAGAACUGCUCGAUAUUAAUUGUCUCAUAAUAAUAUGCUCUACAGCGGGCCAAGGUGAAAUUCCUCGAAAUGGCCGCAAAUUUUGGAGGUUUAUGCUAAAGAAACGAUUACCCUCAGAUCUCUUCUCUCAUCUUAAAUUCUCCAGUUUCGGUCUGGGCGACUCCUCUUACCCAAAAUAUAACUCAGCUGUGCGCAAAAUUCAUGCUAGAUUUCUACAACUCGGUGCUAAGGAACUAUGCAUCAGAGGCGAAGGGAAUGAGCAGGCUCCCGAAGGAGUAGAUGCAUUUUAUACUGCUUGGGAGGAAAUAGUGUUGUCUAGCCUCAAGACCCAAUUUCCGUUAUCGGUCAGCUUGCUUCCAAUUCCAGAAACUGAGCUUCUUGAACCUGCUACUUUAUUGAAACCUUUAACACAAAAAAAGACUCUUGAUACUGAAGCAAAUAUCAAGAUGGAUGCAAUAGAGCGACACAUGGAAUAUCAUUCUGAGAAACUGAUGAAGUUUGUGGUCCUUGAAAACAAAAGACUGACCACAGUGGACCAUUUUCAAGAUGUUAGGCUUUUGAAACUUGAGUGCAUUGAUUGCGUAUUAUCGUAUGAGCCUGGAGAUUUGUUGUCUUUGUAUCCGGCAAAUGAUCUGAGAGAUGUGAAUGCCCUAAUAGAAUUACAAGGAUGGACAAACAUUGCUGAUCUCCCACUGCAGAUUGAUGGACCUAUUAAAGUUCAAGGGGGCCUUAUUAAGAAUCUUACUCUCAAAUCGUUUAUUAUGCAUCAUUUGGACAUUAUGUCUAUUCCAAGGCGUUCUUUUUUUUCACUCGCUUGGCAUUUCGCUUCCGACCAGAUGGAACAAGAUAAAUUAAGAGAGUUCUCCAAGCUAAAUGCAAGUGAACAACUGUACGACUAUGCCAAUAGGCCUCGCAGAUCUAUUUUGGAGGUCCUCCAAGAAUUUUCGUCCUUAAAAAUCCCCUUGAAUUAUUUGCCUGAGUUGAUCCCUCAAUUAAAGCCAAGAUUGUUUUCAAUCUCUUCGAAGCCAGACAAAUCAAUCAUAGAGCUUACGAUUGCAAUAGUUGAAUACAAAACCAUCAUUCGUCGGCUUAGAAGAGGUGUUUGCACUCGGUGGGUAAAGACUUUGAACUCUGGGGAUCUAAUAGUGAGCUCACUAGUUAAAAAUCGGAUGGCCCACAAUUUCAUGAACGAUCGUCCCAUAGUGAUGAUUGGUCCGGGAACAGGGAUUGCACCUAUUAAGUCACUCAUUGAAGAAUCCAUAAUAAAUGCUCCUUCUCGGCCACUGUGCCUAUUUCCGGGACACAGAUAUUCAAACAAGGACUAUCUUUACGGCCAACUUUGGUCACAACUAGAACGAGAAGAAAAGUUGCUCGUUUUCCCUUCUUUCUCGAGAGAGAAUUCUGCUUACGUGCAAGAUACGCUGUACAAGAAUAAAGACUUGGUAAACAGGCUCAUUGUGUUCGAAAAUGCAUCAAUCUUCCUCUGUGGAUCGUCAGGUAAGAUGCCAUCGCAAGUCAGAUUGACUCUUGAAGCCAUAUUUGCCGAAAUGAACCAAUGGACUGAAGAUGAAGCACGUAAGUACUUGAUUGCUCUUGAAGAUAAAGGUAGCUAUGUACAGGAGACAUGGUGA